UCUUAUACCGGUCCCGCUCUCUUCUCUCGAUCCUCGUCAUCCACCCAUCCUCCUCCUCCUCCUCCGCCUCCGCAUUUCGACGUCGUCCACUUCGCGCUCUGCGCACUCCGCCAUGGGAAACAUCUGUGGCAAGCCAAAGCUAGCCGCGCCAGAUCCCUCCGCGCAACACGACCGACCAAGUAUCCCCUCCACCGCGCCUCCCCGCAACACCAGACCGACCUCGUCCGUGCCCAAGAAGGUUGGCGGGCCGCCGCGGACACUCGGCUCCUCCAGUGCGGCUCCUCCCCAGAGCGCCGAGGAUGCGCGGAGGAAGGCGGCCGAAGCGGCUGAGGCAAGGGCGAGAGCUGCGAAGGCCCCGAAGGGCAAGCUGGCGAGCCAGUUGCAGGAGCAGAAGAAGCAGACCCGGAUUGACACUUUAGGCGCCGCCAGUCGAGAUGAGCGGAGGAUGAGAGAUGCAGAUGCCGCAGCUGAGGCAAGGGCGUUUAACUAAUUAAUCGUGAGCCAGUUGGUUAGUUGAGUGAGGGAAGGUGCCUAGAAGCACGCAGCAUGGUUACAGACACGACGGAAGAGGAGCGCAAGUUGGUUACUCCGCAAUGGGCCUCGAAGCAAAACUGCAUGAUUUUGGACACGAUGAAAG